AUGACAUCUUUUUCCCAUUGGGAUGGCAUGAUCACUAGGACUUGGAAACUUCUGGCUUCUAUCCCCUCUCAUGGGUCUGUUGCAAAGAGUUUGGUUCUUAAAUCAAAGAGGAUCGUGGCAAAAUGGGCUCCUCCUCCUCCAGGUCAUUUCAAGCUUCAUUUUGAUGGUGCUUCUAGGGGGAAUCCAGGUCUGGCUGGGGCUGGUAUGGCCAUUUUUUAUCAUAAUGCUAUCCUAAUUGCUACUCAAUGCCAUGCCCUUGGGUCUCAUUCAAACAAUUUCGCUGAAUGUCAAGCUUUGUCACUUGGGGUUGACUUGGCUAUCUCUCUUGGGAUCAAACACCUUUCUAUUCAGGGGGAUUCAAUGGUAGUUAUUCAAAGUGUGAUGAAUUGCAGAAGUAAUUGUUGGCAUUUGAAGUACUUAAUUGAUCAUAUUUUGGAGAAGUUAUCCUUUUUUGAUACUUUUGUAUUAUCCCAUUGCUUUCGUGAGUUAAACAAAGUGGCAGAUUUCCUGGCUGAUUUGGCUAUUGACUUGGCUGCUAUUCAUAAGAAUAUAGUAGUGGGUGACAUUCCUCAAGAACUCCUCUUUGGGUAUAUGUCUCACUCCUCAGUUUAA